AUGGUGGCAGACCGUACCCGCAUGAUCCCAUCAGCACCCACCAUUGCAAUCUGGGGUCGCGGUUUGGAGCUCAUGCACCACUACACACUAGCCACCGCCGACUCACUAGCCGUCCGUCCUGACAUGCAGUACGUGUGGCGCGUGAAUCUCCCGGAAAUCGGGUACGCGUGCCCUUUCGUCAUGCACGGCAUCCUCACCUUGUCUGCUUUACACAAGGCGUACUUGAUACCCCCAGAACGGGAGACGUAUCUUGACCUCGCAACGGCACACCAAAACGCUGGCCUCGAGGGGUUCCGGUCCGAGCUGCACAACAUCAACGACACCAACUGGCAAACGUUCUUCAGCUUCGCCUCCAUUGUAGUCAUGUACGUGUCCUCCGUACCCGUGCGCAUGGGGAACGAAACGGAAACCAUUCCGAAUAUCUUGGAGUUGUUCCUGUUUGUGAGGGGUAUUCGUGCGGUGCUCGAGCCAUAUCAGGGACGCCUGACCAAAACCAAGUUUGCCGCCUUGGUGCACGGUAUCUGGACAAUAGACCCCGAGGAUGUCAAUUACAGGCAAGCAAAUCCACCAAUGCAUUUGUCGCCCCUACCCCCCGACAUCUUUCAAGCAUUUACAGAGCUCGGAACCUUCUUCCAAGAAACCCUCAGCGAAGACUGCCGCGACGAGUAUCUCAAGGCCGUCGAGGAGCUCGAAAAGGCCAUCUACUUCAUGGCGCAUGCCGGUACCAACGUCGAGGUGGGCAUGAUUCUCUUCUGGCCCUACGUCAUCUCAGAGAACCUCAUGGCGGAUAUUCAGGGGCAGAACCCGUUCAGCAUGGUGCUUCUGUCGUACUUUGCGAUCCCGCUGUGCGUGUUGGAGCAGAGGUAUUGGUUCUUGCAGGGGUGGAGUCGGAGGCUGUUCGAGGUUACGGAUACUGUUCUGGCGGAGCAUCCUGCGUUGCUGGAGAUGGUGAAGUGGCCGAGGAGGCAGGUAUUUGAGCUUUACGGGCCGAUAUGA